AGAAUAAUAUUGCGAAUUAAUUGAAUUUAGUAUUGACUUACAACUGAUUUUGAAUUAUUGGCGUAUUCUUCAAGUACGAACGACAUGAAUUUAAAAUAAAAAUAAACAAAAUUUGGAUAUAUUUUUGGCUGAUAUUAUUUUAUUACUUGUGCGUCGCUUAAAUACAGGCAUUUCAUGAACAGUUUUUAUACUUAAUAUGACAAAUAAGAUAAGAUAAACACGAAGUACAACUGAUGUUACUAUAUAAAGUGCUAACUUGUGGUCACUCAAUAAAAAAUAUCGAUUGCAAUUUUUUUUCGAAUCAUUCUCUCUCUCUUUGAAUAUUAAAUGAGAACGAUAGAAGACAUAAGAUUUUUUAACCUAAGUGUAUUUAUGUGUUACGAAUAAAAAUAAUAGUUGUGCAUAUGAAAUGGAAUCUGCGCAACAAAAACUUCCGCCAAAUCCAAGGGAAACUGCUAAUUUUUUUUCGAAAAUAUUUUUGUGGUGGACAUUUCCACUGUUCCGGAAGGGCUAUAGAAAAAUUCUUCACUUAGACGAUAUUUAUCAACCUUUGAAAUGUGAUAGAUCUGAAUUGCUUGGAGAUCGACUGGAAACACAAUGGAACAAACAAGCAUUGAAACCAAAACGCAAUGCGCUACUAAAAGCGAUCGUUGCUACAUUCUGGAAAGAUUACAUUCUAUUGAUAUCCCUGUCAUUUUUCAAUGAAAUUGUGUUGCGCUUGGGACCGACAUUUCUUUUGGGCUAUUUAUUGGAAUAUUUUCGCAAAGAUUCCGGAAUUGAAGAUCAUAUGGCAAUAUUGUAUGCCGCUGGAUUUGUACUACUUAAUGGUUUAAGCUCUUUGGUUGCGAGUAAUGUCAUGUUGCUGUCUUUUCACAAUGGAAUGAAGGUGCGAGUUUCGGUGUGCAGCGUCAUUUAUAGAAAGGCACUAAAAAUAUCACAAACGGCACUUGGAGAAACACCGGUUGGAAAAGUUGUCAAUUUACUGUCCAAUGAUGUCAACCGGUUCGAUUGGGCUUCAUUGUUUAUCAAUUCAUUACUGACAUCGCCUAUAGUUACACUUGUUAUUGGCUGUUUGAUGUGGAAAGAUAUUGGGGUGGGUGGACUUGUUGGCAUGAUAGUCGUCUUUUUCAUCGUUCCGAUAUUAAGCUAUGCAGGAAAACUAACAUCCACAUACCGUCGCAAAAUGGCAGUACGAACCGAUGAACGUGUCCGAUUUAUGGAUGAAAUUAUAUCAGCAGCUCAAGUUAUAAAAAUGUAUAGCUGGGAACGACCAUUCGCCAAGCUGAUCGAUUAUGCACGAAAAAUGGAAUUGAAAUUUUUACGUAAAAAAUCCUACAUCGCAGCAUUUCAAAUGACAUUCAUAGUCAUUACCACACGAUUGGCAAUUUUCUGUGCAAUGUUAACCAUUGUACUAGUCGAUGGUCCAGACAAAAUUAAUGCUGCCAAAAUAUACGUGAUGUCAUCGUAUUUUCGAAUCAUCAGUCAAGUAUUGUCCAUGGGGUUUGCACGUAGUUUUGCUGAAACCGCAGAAAUUUUGGUAGCUUUGAGACGAUUGGAAAAACUUUUAAUUUUGGAGGAGAAAAAAAUACCCGCACAAAUCGAAAAUGGUAAUUCAAAAGGGGUUGAGAACCGAUCAGUUGAAAAAAUAACUCAGGUAAAUAUUUCGGCGACUGAAGAUCCAAACACAUCAAUCUCAAUGAAAAAUGUGAGUGCGCGUUGGAUAUCGAGUAGCGGAAACUUAGAAUAUUCGUCUAAGGAUCAAAGUGCGACAGCCCAUCAAAAUGGUGAAAUAAAAAAUGACGAAUCAGCGGCAGGUGACAUCGAAACACAAACUCUAGACAAUUUAAAUGUUAGUUUACCCAAAGGAAAGCUAAUUGGUGUAAUUGGACCAGUUGGCAGUGGAAAAUCAUCAUUUUUACAAGCUCUCUUACGUGAACUGCCAUUAGAAUCCGGUUCAAUCAAUAUAAAUGGCUCAAUUUCGUAUGCAAGUCAAGAGUCGUGGAUAUUUCCUGCGAGCGUUCGACAGAAUAUUUUAUUUGGAACUGAAUAUGAUCGCAAUCGUUACAAUGCCGUCGUUGAAACGUGCUCUUUGACGAAAGACUUUGAGCAACUAGAAAAUGGAGAUCUUACAAUUGUAGGAGAUCGUGGAGCAAGUCUUAGCGGUGGUCAGAAGGCACGUAUCAACCUUGCCCGAGCUUGUUAUCGAAAUGCUGAUACUUACUUGUUAGACGAUCCAUUGAGUGCUGUUGAUGCGCAUGUCGGUACACAUAUAUUCAACAAAUGUAUAGGCCAAAAUAGUCGAUUGGCCAAAAUGAAAGCGACACGCAUAUUAGUGACACAUCAAGUACAUUUUCUGAAAGAAGCUGAUUGGCUAAUUGUUUUAAAAGAUGGAAAAAUCGAAGCUCAAGGAUCACCGUUGACCUUAUCGAGAUCGGGUAUUGAUUAUGUCCAACUUGUUGGCGAAAUUAAAACACCGGAAAUCGACGAAAACUUCGAAGUAUUCAAGCGUCAAACAUCAUCAACGUCAUCAAUAAAAAGCCAACUGUCGCGACAAACAUCCAUAGCACCAUCCAUUAACUCCGGCGAUAUCCCAGCCGAUAUGUCCGGAUCGCAUGAGAAAAUCGAUCAAGGUGUUGGAAUGGAAAGUAGCUCCAAGGGAAAAGUGAAAGGAUCAGUGUCAUUGAAUUAUUUCAAGGCCGGCGCUCCUUGGCCUGUUUUAUCACUAUUGUUUGGUUCUUUUGUCUUUGUUCAACUUAUAGCAAGUUUGGUGGACUAUUGGGUCUCCAUAUGGACCAACCAAGAAGAAACUCGUGCCCUCCAAAAAAAUGCAAUUUUCAAUAGUACUUUACAGGAAUCCAGAUCGCUGAAUGAUAUGAGAAGUUUAAUGUUUGAUAUCACAUCAUUUACGCUAAGCACAGAUGAAUGUAUUUAUAUUUUUGGAUCUUUGAUCGCAGCUCUUUUUAUCUUCACGUUUUUGAGAUCGAUUGGAUUUUAUGUAAUCUGUGUGAGAGUCUCCCAUAAGUUGCACAAUGCUAUGUUUAAUGGACUUAUUUCAACUUCGAUGCGAUUCUUUGAUACCAAUCCAUUGGGUAGAACACUUAAUCGCUUCUCAAAAGACAUUGGAGCUGUUGAUGAAAUGCUGCCACGAUGCCUUUUUGACGCAACACAAAUUUUAUUGGCACUAACUGGUUCAGUUGUACUAGUUGCAGUUGUAAAUCCAUUAUCAAUGGUUCCCGUGAUUGUUUUGGGAUUCUUUUUAAUAAUAAUUCAACGGAUAUACUUAAAAACGUCAAAGAAUUUGAAACGUUUGGAAGGAAUGACAAAAUCACCCGCCUAUACACAUUUAUCAUCAACUUUGACCGGUUUAUCGACUGUUCGUGCAUACAACGCGGAAAAAACUUUACGAACUGAAUUUGACAAUCAUCAAAAUUUGCAUUCAGCAUGUUGGUACUUGGUUAUAUCUACAAGCUCUGUAUUUGGUCUUUCGAUUGACAUGAUCUGUCUGAUGUUUACAUCGUGCAUCAUUUUUUAUUACGUGUUCUUCGGACGUGAUGUAUCGGGUGAUCAAAUUGGUUUAGCGAUUACACAGGCGAUGGGACUCAAUGGGAUGGUGCAGUGGGGUGUUCGCCAGUUAUCUGAAGUUAGCAAUCAAAUGAUGUCAGUUGAACGUGUGCUUGAAUAUCGAGAUUUGGAACCAGAAAAACAAUUAAAAAAACUAAUUAGCGUAAGCAAGGAGUGGCCAUCAAAGGGAUGUAUCGAGUUCCGAAAUGUAUAUUAUAGAUAUGCAGCUGAAGCAGAGCCGGUUUUAUGCGAUUUAUCACUUGUUAUAAAAUCCAUGGAGAAAAUUGGCAUUGUUGGUAGAACGGGAGCUGGGAAGAGUUCAUUGAUUGGUUCGUUAUUCCGUUUGGCAUGCGUCGAAGGUGAUAUUUUGAUUGAUGGCGUUAAUACCGCUGAAGUUCUAUUGAGAGAUCUGCGUAGACAAAUAGCCAUCAUUCCCCAAGAUCCGGUGUUGUUCUCGGGCACAUUAAGAAGAAAUUUAGAUCCAUUUGAAGAAUAUUCAGAUGCAGAUGUUUGGAAUGCAUUGGAAAGCGUUGAACUGAAAAGUGCUGUAUCGGAAUUCUUGGGAUUGCAGUCUCAAGUUCUGCCCCAUGGUGCCAAUUAUUCGGUUGGCCAACGUCAACUGCUGUGUUUAGCUCGUGCGAUCUUGCGAAAAAAUCGAAUUCUUGUCAUGGAUGAAGCUACUGCUAAUGUAGAUCCACAAACUGAUGCCCUAAUUCAACAAACAAUCCGUAAUAAAUUUACCGAUUGCACUGUUUUGACAAUUGCACACAGACUGCACACAAUCAUCGAUUCAGAUCGAAUAUUAGUCAUGGACUUUGGAAAAAUAGCCGAAUUUGAUGAACCUCACAUAUUAUUGCAAAAUGAAAAUGGCAUAUUCCAUGGCAUGGUCAAGGCAUUGGGAGAUCAAGAAUUCAUACGACUAUCGCAAGUGGCUUUGAGACAAAACCAAGUAAUACACAGUUACCUAUAAAUAAAUUAUGAAACUGUAGAAUAUUUGCAGAUAUUUAAUUUAAUUUUGUGGAAUGCGAAUAAUAAAAGACAAUUUAUUUAACAAGAAA